AUGCUGCAGACGAUUUACGAGGGCGAGUCAAGUUUCUCCACAACAGACAGCCGCGUUGGAGCCCAGCCGCUCCCUACCCAGAGCAGGAUGCACAACGUGAACAGCUCAGUGGAGAUUAAGUCAGACAUACCUCUGGCUGUGGAACCCUUAUCACCAUUGGACCUGCGCACAGACCUGAGGAUGCUGGGGCCAGGUUCUGACCCGGGACUGUGGGAGCGUCAGCUGCAGCAGGAACUGCUGCUCAUCCAGAAGCAGCAGCAGAUCCAAAAGCAGCUACUCAUCAGCGAGUUCCAGAAGCAGCAUGAGAAGUUGACCCGUCAGCACCAGGCUCAACUCCAAGAACACCUGAAGCUGCAGCAAGAGCUCCAGGCGAUGAAACAACAGCAGGAACUUGCAGAGAAGGAGCGCCGUCUAGAGCAGCAGCAGAACCAGCAGCACCAACAGAACCAGCUGGAAAAAGAGCAGGAGCGCCAUCGGCGGGAGCUACACAUCUCCAGCUUGAGCCUCAGGGCCAAAGAGCGCUCCAGAGAGAGUGCAGUGGCCAGUACAGAGGUGAAGCAGAAACUCCAAGACUUUCUGUUGAGCAAAUCAGCAAAGGACCCAGCCAGCAAUGGUGUCAAUCAUUCAUUCAUCCAUCACCCAAAGCUCUGGUACAGGUCCUCCCAUCAUACCUCUCUGGACCAAAGCUCUCCACCUCUGGGUGGCAUGUCCCCUACCUGCCACUACACACUGCCAUCCCCCGUUGACGGCAAGGACGACUUCCCCUUGAGGAAGACAGCCUCUGAGCCCAAUCUAAAAGUGCGGUCCAGACUGAAACAGAAAGUAGCUGAGAGACGGAGUAGCCCCAUGCUCAAAAGAAAAGAUGGCAACCUUGUGACACCUUACAAGAAGAGGGCUCUGGAGCUUAUGGACUCCACGCCCACCAAUAGUGCACCUGGCUCGGGCCCCAGCUCCCCCAUUGGGGCCUCCAGUGCCUUGGGGGCAGAAAAUGGACCCUCCUCUUUGCCAACUACUACAAAAACUGAGCGAUGGCCUUCACAGCCAAGACUAUUUCGGCCCGAAAGCUCCAUGUCUGUGUUGAGUUUAUACACGUCCCCAUCCCUACCAAAUAUAUCUUUUGGGCUUCCGACUGCAUCGUCACCCAUUAGCGCGGCUUUGGGCUUGAAGGACCGGUCAAUAGAGAGCAAACAUGGUCUGCCAGGACAUCUCCUUCAGAAUGGUCUCGAGUCCAAAGUCAGCUCCAGUCACCAGGCUCUCCUCCAACACCUCCUCCAGAAGGAGCAGAUGAGGCAGCAAAAAAUGCUUUCCACUGGUGCGGGUUCCUUGCCAUCCCAUCCACCAUCUCCUCUGACCAUUAAAGAUCACCCAUCCAGCAGUCGCCCGAAACUACCCAAACACCGGCCCUUGAAUAGGACCCAGUCAGCCCCUCUGCCCCAGAACACCCUGGCCCAACUUGUCAUCCAGCAGCAACACCAGCACUUCCUUGAGAAACAGAAACUAUAUCAACACCAGGUCCAUAUAAAUAAGCUGCUAUCCAAGUCCAUUGAGCAGUUGCGUCAACCCAGCGCACACCUGCAGGAGUCCGAGGAGGAGCAGGAGGAACUGCUGCGCAGGGAGCAGCCAGAGCGCAUGCAGGAGGACAGGCUGCCCCCCGGAGGAGUCAUCCGGAAGCACACGCUUAGCAGCGGUGGCAGCAGCAGCGGCUCCAGUGUAGAGCUCCCUGACGCGCACUACGGGGUCAUCAAGGUGAAGGAGGAGCCCCCAGAUAGCGAGGACGAGGUUUUGGAGGCGGAGCGGAGCACCUAUCUUCACCAGGUCAAAGGGAGGCUGGUGAUAAGAGCCAUGAUCUGA